UGGUGUCAGCAUCCGCCACAUGUAUUCGGCACACCGUAGACGCGUCAGGGUCAUGACUGGGAGCAAUAGAGCCAACGUUCAAGCUGUUAAGCUGGAUGCGACACUCGCAAAGCUUCAGGGAUUACUGCUCAGGGGAUGUGGUGCUCGUCCCGGCUCCUCACCCGGAUCAUCCUUAAACAAUGAUAUGGCUGUAGGGAAGGCUACAAACACUGCAUCACCGCAAGUUGCACAUCUAGUGAACCUCCAGCCCAACAUUCCUGUAGGGACAGUUGAAACUCCUGUCGAUGAUACUGCGAUGAUGCCUGCAACAUCCGGACGAGGAGACAAUGUUGUCGAUGAGAGUAAGACAUGGUACUAUGGCUCUACUUUUGUGGAAGGAGAGAUGGUUGAACGACUGGCUACGCACACUGAGGGCUCCGAAUUGACUUUGCGCCCUCCCAAACGCCAAAAAGUGGAUACCACUUCUGGGUCAGCUCAGAAGGAUUCCGUUAUGAUCGCCCUAUCCGAGACCAGUGGUCGCCGUCCUAUUCCAGAAUCCGAGUCAGUAUACUCUGCUGUGGCCGGGCCAUCAACAUCAAAGCUGAGGUCCGAGGAUAGCGGAACGGGGAAAGAGGGGGGCUUACAUUUUCCUUUACCUGAUAAGAACUGUUCACGACAGGACGGAGCAAAGCCAUUCGCAGAGGAAAGUCAUCAACGAACCAAAUUGGAAGACAUGGAAGGCCGCGAAACGGCCCCACAAGUGUUGGUGAACGAGUGCGGCGAACCUGCUUGUGCCAGUACCACGAACACAGAAUGCCAAGAGUUGCUGAACGAGAGGGAGGGUAGGACGGAAACAGGUGGCGAGCUUGCUCGCAAAUUGGUUGACUUGCAAAGUGCGCUCGAUAACGAGCGUCGAGAACGUUUAAGACUGCAAGCACAGUUAGAGAAGGCGCGGCAAAAGGAGGUCGAGUUGUUGAAGACCAUUGAUGACUUCAAGCGCGAACGCAGUGAUCCUAUCGUGGUUUCUGCCGUCAUGGAUGCCUUCCCAAGGUUAUUUGAAUGAAUAGUGUAUAGACCACGUCAUUGUAUGCUCUGCGAACUGCAGUAGUUCAGGUCUAUUUGCACCAUUCAUAAAAGACAAGUAAUCUCGUCGUAUACCCUCAUAGUGUAUACCUGUAAGAUCAAUGAAAACAUGCGAUACCAUUCUACGAUGACGAUAUUCAUGGUAGACUGAAGCACGCUUCUUCCCCUUUCUCUCCUUUCGUUUCCUCCCUAUCAGGCAACCAAUCUGGGUAUCC